CGUUUCUCGGGUCGUAUAAAGUUCGUAGGUAAAGAAACUUGUAUAUAAACCCUAUGCACUGACAAAAUGCACAUACAAGUGCUGCAACUGUUGACUUGGCUGUUGCAAUCAUCAUGAUCUCCUUUAUAUUUAUAUGCCUGGUAGCUUCUGCUCUUGGCGCAGCUGUACAAUCCGUGACAGAACCAAUCCCAAUAAUACGAUUUGAAAUCGAUGGACCCCACGUCGAUGGAUCCUAUAAAUGGCUAUAUGAGACUGGAAAUGAAAUAAACGCCGAAGAAUCUGGAUAUGUAAAGAACUUGGGUAAAGGUGAGGGAGAAGAAGUGCAAGUAGCUGAAGGGAAGUUCAGUUAUAAAUCACCAGAUGGCACUCCCAUUGUGCUUUCAUACAUCGCUGAUGAGAACGGCUUUCAACCACAGGGGGACCACCUUCCCACCCCACCACCAAUCCCACCAGAAAUACAGAAGGCACUGGAGUACCUAAAAACCUUACCUCCAACGGCUGCUGCUAGCAAUUCCCAAGGACAGUACCAGGCAUCUCCUUCCAAGAAUAGGAAACCCUAAACCAGAACUUCGCAUUCAUUAGUUAAGGAUUGUCACUGUAUAUACACAUAAUCACCAAUCAAUUAAAUAUAUCUUUUUGAAAA